GAGUCGUGCUCGCUGCUAUAAAGUAUGAUUCUGACGUGAUAAUAGAAUUAUAAACUCUUUUUUCUAUAUUUUUUUAUUGAGCAUAACCUAUAGUCCCGCAUGCAGAAUGAACGGCAGGUCGUGAUUAAAAAUAACAAGCAUAUGUGUGUUAUUUCAUAUUUAACUCUAUUUGAGAAACUACCCGGAUGUUCAACAAAAACACUGCACAAUAUGCGUUUGUUAGCGAAUGGCGCAGCUGCAUUUGAGCGCGCGGUGAUUGGUGGGAACAUUCCUCACAUCUGCAGUUUCUACACAGCGUCUCUGGGGAAGCUUUAACUUUCCAACAGUGUAGCCCAGCGCCAUCAUCCGUUAACUGGACAAAAAUGCUGUUUUGUUGGGUCCGAACCAUGUGCAGUGGUUACAGAAAGUAUUUGGACUCUUAACAUGAGUGGCCUUAGAUUACAUAACAGAAUAGCUAAUAGAGUGGCAUUUAUUUUAAAGAAAUACAAGACAAACACACUUUUUUUAUUUAAGAAUUCUUAAACUUAUGAACAUACAGUGUUCAGAAUGAUUACCAAAUGUAUUUGGAAAGUUUCUGGUUGUCGAGCAACAGUGAAAUGCCCAGAUAUAUAUGUAUGCAGUCCUUCAUCUUGUAAAACAUGGUUAUCAACAAGUGGGUCACAAUCCAGAUUAUUGUCUGUUCUGUUAGCGGACAGCUGGGAUGAAAACAAUGCAGAAUUCAACUAAUAAUAUGCAACUAACUGUAACCAUAAUAUAACAACAUUGUGUCAACCACAGUUUGUUUUAUGAGGUCAAUAAUUGGCUGCCAAGAGAAUAGUAACAUCAAAAUUCAAGAGAUAUUUUACUGAAACUACACUAAUGUUCAAAGGUUUGGGGUCAUUUGGAUAUUUUUUUUAAAGAAAUGAAUACUUUUAUUCAGUUAAGAUGCAUUAAAUUGUUCAAAAGUGACAGUAGAGGCAUUUAUAAUGUUACUAAAGAUUCCUAUUUCAAAUAAAUGCUUCUUCAACGAUUUUUUUUUUUUUUUUUAAAUAAACUAUUUUCAACAUGGAUAAUAAUAAGAAAUGUUUAUUGAGCACCAAAUCAGCAUAUUAGAAUGAUUUCUGAAUGAUCAUGUGACACUGAAGACUGGAGUAAUGAUGCUGUAUUUUUUGAUCAAAUAAAUGCAGCCUUGGUGAGCGUAAGAUAUUUCUUCCAAAAACACUCCUAACUUUUAAAUGGUAGUGGAAUAAAUAAAAUGUUACAUUUUUAAAAUAAUGUCAUGUUAAUAAUUUUGCACAUUAUUGGGUCUGUUAAUAUCAUGGCAAUUUGUAUUUCAGUAUUUGUUUUUAAAGAUAUUUUUGUUUACUUUUGUAUGUUAAUCAUUUCUGGUACUGUGACGGGGAACCACUGUCCUCAAGCGAAACCAGUUGUGAACCACUGUUAUAGAGCUACGCAAGAAACAGGAAUGGCAGCACAUCUGAAAGACAAAAUGGGAGGUGCGGUCAGUGCCGGGGAGGACAAUGAUGAGUUGAUUGACAACCUGAAAGAAGCCCAAUACAUUCGCUCUGAUCUGGUCGAACAUGCCUUCAGAGCCAUUGAUCGUGCUGACUACUAUCUGGAAGAAUUCCGUGACAGUGCCUACAAGGAUCUGGCCUGGAGACACGGCAACAUCCAUCUUUCUGCACCCUGUAUCUACUCUGAGGUGAUGGAGGCUUUAGACCUGCAGCCUGGCCUUUCUUUUCUUAACCUAGGCAGUGGCACAGGCUACCUCAGCACCAUGGUGGGACUUAUACUGGGGCCAUUUGGUGUGAAUCAUGGUGUUGAAUUGCAUGAAGAUGUAAUAGAAUAUGCUUAUCAGAAGCUGGACUUCUUCAUCAAGAUGAAUGAUAGUUUUGACAGGUUCGAGUUCUGUGAGCCCUCCUUUGUAGUGGGCAACUGUCUGGAGAUUGCCCCAGAAAGUAAGCAGUAUGACAGGGUUUACUGUGGCGCAGGGGUCCAGAGGGAACAUGAAGACUACAUGAAGAAGUUGUUGAAGGUUGGGGGAAUCUUAGUACUGCCACUGGAAGAAAAGCUCACUAAAAUUACUCGGACAGGAUAUAACACAUGGGAAACAAGAAAGAUAAUUGCUGUGUCCUUCGCACCACUUGUGCUCCCUAAACACAGGGAAAAUGGCAAACCGAGAGCAGUGUCCCUACCUGCCAUGUUCGAGGUGCGGAGUCUUCAGGAUUUGGCCCGCAUCACCAUCCGUCACAUUCUAAAGAAAUCUGGGUUUGGAUCCUUGCCACUAUCCCGGAGAACUGGAUUGAAGCGAAGAAAUCACCUUAAACAGAAACGUGAGCACCGUGACACCCCUCUUCUGACCAAUAGUUAUUUGUUCAUGAGUCGCUUGAUUCCCGGACCCAUGGACAACAGCAACAACCAGUCAUCCACAGACAAUGAGGAUGAAGAUGAAGACUGCAGAAGGGUUUGUGAGCAACUAGAGGAGAAAGAAGAGAAUGGGAGGAGGAAGGAGGGCAGUGUUUUGGUGAUAGAGACUCCAAUAAACCUCUUAAGGGAGAGGAUCCUCUGCCUGCCUUUGCCAGAGCCUCUCAAGAUGUAUCUUCUUUACUACAGAGAGAAGUAGACCUCUCCUUUCAGUGCAUAGUCUGUUAUAGACUACCCACAGCUACCUAUCACUGUUACAUUAAGAGCCCAUGGCUCUUUAGUUACACACUUUCACAUUCGGCUAACAGUUUACUAAAUCAUAAAUUCAGUGUAGUCUCACUUGUUUUGUGUGUGUUAUAUACCAUAUAGUUUCAGUUCUUAGAUUUACUAUGAAAAGUGAAAAUCAAAAUAUUCUUCUGGUAUAUGGAUUUGUAAAAAAUGUCUAAUUGUGUGCUCAAUUACACUUAUAUUGUGUGAAAAUACAAAGGCACGUUUAAAAAAAAUGUGAUCGUCCAACAAUCUCUGUAGUAAAAUUUUGGGAUAAAAGACUUUGAUUUUCUAAAGUGUUUUGCCAAUUUAAAACUGUCUUGGGUUUGUACUGUUUAGAGGGCUUUUGUGUUUGCAUUUUUGCUAUUUAAAAAUAUAAAAGGUAUAGUCUAUAGUUGUGUAAUCAGUUAUAAAAUGGUGCUCAGAAUUGUGGUCAUGCUCUUUCAAGCGAUGUAGAAUGCACUGAAUAACUCACUGUUUUUAAAUUAAACUUUUAUAUUGUCUA